GUGUUUCGCGAGGAGCUUACUUGAUCAUAUUAUUUAUAGGUGGUUGUUUGUGGUGUGUUUCGUGUCAUUAAAUAGGUGUGAGUGUCCCUAAACAAUGUGAUGGCUUCCCACCGCACUUCAACCACCGAGACAAAUGGGGAGAUUCUAGUCGCCUGGCAGAAAUACGUUGCUUGCAGUUCGGACGAAAUCACACUAAAAGAAGGCGAUGUAGUCGAAUUAAUCGACACUGAAGACCCGGUGGUGGCGUCCAAGAAACCAAAACUCGAUCCUGAGUUGGACACCGUCACCGGCGAGCUUUUGGACAGCUCGGCAGCACGUCAUAAGCUCUCGGUGAAGCCCCGAAGGACACAUUUAAGCUCCAGACAUUCCCCUACGAGACUGAACUUGAGCGCCAGAUGGCUGGUGCGUGAAAUCACCGGCUCGAAGAAGCAAGGAUGGGUGCCUUGCAAGGUCCUGCAAACUAUUGAUGACCCGACUCCUGGGGGCGCAGGACUUCCAGGAGAUGCCCUCUUCCGAAGACAAGCCGUGGUCAAGGAGUUGGUAGAAACCGAACAAGAAUUCGUCAAAGACCUGGAUUUUGUCGUCCAAAAGUACCUCCUCCUGUCCGAGACCAAAAACGUGCCAAAAGUCAUUCGAGACAACUUUGAUAUUAUUUUCGGGAAUUUGAAAGAAAUUGCCGAGUUUCAUCGAACGGUGUUGAUGGAAGGUGUAAAGUACUACGCCAAUGAACCCCAUUUGUUAGGCAAGGCCUUUUUGAGACUGGAACGCGAUUUCGAUAAGCAUGUCGAUUAUUACAUGUACGAACCACAAGCUCAAGCUUUUUUGGACGCUUGUGACGAAGCUCACGACUAUUUCGACGACUUAUCCCAACGUUUGGGCGACGACAAGACCAUCUCCGAGCACCUCAAGCUUCCGAUUCAACGCAUCAACGAUUACCAACUUUUAUUAAAGGAGUUGGUGAGGUAUAGUGCGUGUCUUGGCGAGGACAACAGUGACCUUCAGAAAGCCCUAGAGUUGAUGCUAAGUGUCCCUCAUAGGGCACAGGACGAAAAGUUUACUUCUAACAUCGAAGGGUAUCGUGGAAGUAUCCACAAACUAGGACGACUUCUUGCCCACGACUGGUUCUCAGUCACUUUUGGUCAAGUUACCAAAGAAAGAUAUCUCUUCUUGUUCAAAGGCAAAAUUUUGAUUUGUAAAGUUAGACGCAUUUCUGAAGAUCGAUCAGUCUUCCAACUCAAAGACAUAAUCCAGCUCAAUCGGGUCGCUGUCAAAGAACAUCCAGAAGAAGAACGAGUUUUAGAACUAAUUGACACUUUUGGUGGACAAUCAUUGGUCCUUACUGCUCACAGAGACCACAUCACCGAAUACUGGCUCAAAGAAAUUAAAGAGUUUGCACAAGAAUACGAAGAAAACGAAGAUACAGAAGCUGAAGCUGAAGAUUUCCAAAUUGCAUCGUCGUCACCACCCACUGAGCAAUCGAGGUCAAGUCCGGAAGAACUAGAAAAGCCCAAGCAAGAGGAGUUUGAAGAAACUGCACCAGUUGUUGAAGAAUCAAAACGUGAAGAAAUUAAAACAGUAGAAGCACCUCAACUUUUAGAAGAAAAGCAAAAAGAAGACCAAGCAAGAUCAGAAAAAGAGCCGAAGAAAACUCCAGCAGUAGAACCACCUCCACAUUUAGAAGAAAAAAAGGACGAAUUCUUAUCAAGAUCGGAAGUAAAGCCUGAAAAAACUAAAGUAGUUGCGCCAUCUCCACCAUUAGAAGAAAAGCGGAAAGAAGUUAUUCCGAAAGUAGUAGAAGAAUUUAGACCAAGACCGAAAGAAGGACCUGAAAAAACUAAAGUGGUUGAGCCAUCUCCACCUUUAGAAGAAAAGCGAGAAAAAGAUAUUCCCAAAGUAGUAGAAGAAUUUAGACCAAGACCGAAAGAAGAACCUGAAAAAACUAAAGUAGUUGAAGAAAAACUGAAAGAAACUUGUCCUCAAAUUGUAGAACAAUCUAGACCAAGACCAAAACAAGAAUCUGAAGAACCACCUCCGCCUUCGGAAGAAAAAAAGGACAUACCUAUUCGUCAACUAACUAGGAAAAACCAAGAGGAGAAGAAAGUUGAAGAGCAACCUCAACUGAAAUUAGAAGAGAAGAAGACCAAAGGAGAAGCAAAGCUAGAAGAAAAAGUCAAAGAAGAGGUUCAAACCGAGAAAAAAGUUCCUAAAACUGGCGAAGUUUCUAGUGUUUUGACUAAAUCUAGUAUAGUUAAUGUCGAAACAGCCGACGACAUGAGUAGAAGAUAUACUUCAUCCUCUGCAAGAGCAGAAGGCUAUUCGGAAUCGUCGUAUAGCCGCAGAUCGCAGUCUUCAUAUUCCAAUGAUGGGUCUCGGUACGACUCCAUCACCAGUAAAUACGGCAGUGCUGAGUCCUCCAUCGGGGGGUCAAAAUACGAGUCGGUGGGUUCUAAGUACGAUACUGGCGGUUCGAGCUAUUCGAGGAGGUCCAUAAGAGGGGAAAUUGGGAAUGAUGAUGAUUUCAAUUACUCGAGGAGGUCGAUAAAGUCGGCCACUGCUGAGUACGGGGAUGGGGAGAGUUACACCAGACGCUCGAUCAGAGCCUCGGCUGAGGCCACUGGAGAUUUGGAUGCUUAUUCCGUAAGAAAAUCAAUCAAAACCUCUGCUGAAAUCCUAGGAUACGGUGGCGAUGAUGAUGCUUACUCUGGGAGAACAGGGAAGAGAUCGGUUUCAAUCGAGGAAGUUGGCGAUAGUGGCAGGUACUCAAGAAAGGCCUUAACAGCCCGUGACAACAUUGAGGAAGAGCUUUUGUCAAAAUAUUCCCCCUCGAAAUAUUUAGAAGACCGCGAGCAUGAAGAUGUUUACGCCAAAUACGAACGAAAAUACUCCAGAACUGAUUCUUCUGAUACCAAAUCGAAAUAUGCGAGAAGUAGCUCCAUUGAGCAGAAAGGAGCAGAAGAAGACGUUUACGCGAAAUACACUCGAAAAUACUCGCGGACCGACUCCUCGAAAUCACACGAAGAAGACGAAGACAAAAAGUACUUAAAGGCGUACAAAAGGACUGAUUCCGCCAAAAGCGACCGCGAAUCGUCCUCAAUUCGCAGCGAAACAACAAUCUCCAAUGGCAAAGAAACCAAGAGAGAAAUCGCAGCUAGUAGCGAAUCGAUUUCCUCUUCGACAAUGAUCAAAGAAACGUCCAAAUCCGGUAAACAUGUGGAAGAAACGCAGGUUUCCGGCGACGAAGAACGAAAUCGCUUCAUCAAAACCAUCAGAGGUGCAGACAUUGAACCUGGUGAAAAAUUCACCUUUGAAGUUGCUCUAAAAUCAAAACCUGACACUUUUACGUGGCUGAAAGACGACAAACCGCUUGAUGCUAACGCGAUUAUGUUGGGACGCAUCCAAAUGAGGCACAGUGACGAUACUUACCACUACAAGCUUUACAUUAACCCGACCCAUGACGACGAUAGUGGCUACUACACGGCUUUAGCUACCACUCUUCAUGGCACCGCUGCUUGCUCUGCUUUGCUCAUAGUCCACCAAAUGACUUCUGAGGAACGCCUCGAAAGAGCCAAAACAGACAAACCCGAGUUUGUAGUCAAAUUGAAAAAUACCGAACUUGCGGAAAACACCUAUUUGAGAUUCAUGGUCAAAGUCCGGGGGGAUCCCAACCCUGAUGUCAUUUUCUUUAAGGAUGGUGUCAUAGUCGAGAAAAGUGACCGAUAUGAAGUGAUUCGUGAGCACUCAGAUCGGGGCUUCUACGAAUUGCUCAUCCCGGAAGUCCAAAUGUCGGAUGCAGGAGAAUACAAGUGUGUGGCUUCCAACAAAUGGGGAGAGGAUUCUUGCGAAGCAACUUUAAAAGUCACUACCGAAGACUUGCACAAAGACAUGCCCGAGGGUGAAAUUCUUCCGCCUGGUGAAAGCGCCGAGUUCCAGUGGAAGAAAGAUGGAGCUCCUUUCGAACCCGAUGAGCGUUUCAAAGUACUCAUGGGUGACGAUGAGGACUCUUUGGCUUUAGUCUUCCAACACGUCCGUGCUGAAGAUGUUGGACUUUACACCUGCGUGGCCCAAACGUCUCGAGGCCAUAUCAGCUGUAGUGCAGAAUUGACGGUUCAUGGUACCGUCAACCAGUUGGUACGAGAGCCGGAAAAACCGGUACUCAUUGUUGAAAAACGAAAUCCUGUUGUAAACGCUGGUGGUUCCGCCAUGAUUGAAUUGCAAGUCAAAGGGUUCCCCAAACCGCAAGUCAAGUGGACUCAUGAAGGUAAACCUAUUGAAGCGGGAGGAAAGUACAAGUUUCUCUACGAAGAUGAAGAAACUAUGUCUUUGGUUAUUAAAGACGUCCAGAAGGAGGAUGCCGGCAAGUACCAGUGUACUGCUGAGAAUGAAAUAGGCUCAGAUACGGCCGAAAUGACUCUAACUGUGAAAACACCACCAAAAUUGAAGAAAAAAAUUGGGGAUGUUGACGCCCAUGCUGAUCUUCUUUUGGAGAUCCCGGUAGAAAUUGAAGGGACACCUAGACCGACAGUUGUGUUCUACAAAGAUGGAAAAGAAAUCAAGAAAGAUGAACGAAUUAAAGUGAUUGAAGAGAAUGACAGGGUUGUCCUAGUGAUAGAAAAGACAAUGCUCAAAGACAGUGGUUCCUACUCUAUUGUGGCCACCAAUGAAUUGGCCCAAAUCUCAGAAUUCUUCAAUUUGAAUAUUUACACAAAGCCCAAAAUUUUGGAAAAGCUAGGUAAAGACAAAAUCGUGUCCCAAGAGGAAAAAUUCGAGCUCAGAGUGAAGAUCGAGUCAGAACCAGAAGCAGAAGUGAAGUGGUACAAAGACGACACUGAGAUCAAGUCAAGUGACCACUACGUUAUGAAGAAAGACGGUGAAACGUACAUUUUGAAGAUCACAGGAGCUGUAACAACAGACGCAGCCCGAUAUAAAGUCAAAGCUGUCAAUAUUCACGGUUCUGUAGAGGACGACAUCAGAGUCGAUGUGAAAAAAGCCCCCAAAAUCACCAAAGGCCUUCAAGACAUGACCGUGAACGAACACGACAAACAAGUCACCUUGGAUGUGAAAGUUGAAGCCUUCCCCAAGCCCUCAGUCAAGUGGUACUUGGACGAAAUGGAAAUCACCGAGACCAAAACCGAAUUUACAAGAGUUGAGUCUGACGAUGGUGUCAAAUUGGUAAUUAAAGAAGUCACUAGUGAAUUGUCAGGAAAAUACACUUGCAAGUUGAGUAAUGAGUGUGGCAGUACCGAAACUAGUGCCAAACUCACUGUUAAUUGCGCUCCACGUAUCAUCAAGCAGCUGAAAGACACCACAAUUGAAGAAGGUGCAACUCUUCACCUGGAAGUUGAAGUUGAGGGUUGCCCAACUCCCACCGUGAAAUGGUUGAGGAACGGUCGUGAAGUUUCAGCAGAUGCCCGAAUUAAAAUCAGUCGAGACACACAAAGACAUGAAACUUUCAAUCUUGCCGUCAAUCUCAUCAAAUAUGAAGAAGAAGGAGAGUAUGAAGUUGUUGUAACAAAUUCGAUGGGGACUGUCUCUAGCAAGAGUUAUGUAACAGUACACAAGGUAACCCAUACCGAUGCUAUAGAAGUUGAAAAAGAACCACCAAUGCAACUUAAAGUUGAAGUUGUUGAGGAAGAAACGCAACAAGCGGAGUUGGCACAAAAGGAAGAAUUAGAAGUAGGUAAAGAAGAAGCUCAGAAAACUAAAACUGAAGAUGUUGAAAAGCCGACUCAAGGUACAAUAGCUGAAAAAAUAGACAUAGAAGAGAAACAAAUCAAACACUCUACACCUGAACCCAUUAUUGAGGAACCUCUCUCACCUCAAAUACAAAGAGGUCAUUCUGAUAUUUUAGAAGAGUCUGAGUUUGUCGAAAAUGAUGAAAUAGAAAAAGUCCAACAUAUCAAAGAAGAAGAUUUGCCUAAAGUCAAAUCGAAACGUGCCAAAUCAAUCCAAAUUGAAGAGAUUCAAGAAAACGAGCUUUCUUCCGAACCUAAAACUCCUGUCGAGACGGAGGUUCCGAAGAGAAAGGCUAGCAAAGCGCAAGCCGCCACUGUAGAAGAAGUUGAAAUUGUUGAAAGUCUGAAUGAAAAGCCCCAACAAUUGCAAGAAAGUAAACUCAAAAGACAGGAAAGUCAGAAAGGGGCAAGGGAAUAUGAAGAAGAACAAGACGAAGAAAUAGAGGCUCUGCUAAAACGGGCCCAAAAACAGCGAAGUUUAGUUGAGGAGUUACCUCAAAAGGGUGAACUCGAUGAAGCUAAACCAACAAUCACUUCUUCAAACAUGAAGGAUUCUUCACGUCCGGAGUCAUUGGAUGUCUCUUAUAUUGUCAAGGGGACCUCAAACCCGCCCCCAAAAGCCACUUGGACCAUCAACGGACAAGAAUUGAAGCCUGAUAGUAGAGUCAGAAUGACCAACAAGGGUGAAGAGUUCAAAUUAGAAAUAGUCAAGUUGAAAAUGGACGAUGCUGGAAAAAUUGAGUGUAUUUUAUCAAAUCCUCUUGGAGAAGCCCGACAAUCGGCCAUGUUGGAAGUUACACCGGAGAAAGAGUUGCGGAGGCCGAAGUUGAAGGAAGGUCUCAAAGACCAAACAAUUCAGAAGAAAAAUUCUCUGACGUUCAAAGCUGUGGUCAUUGGAGAUCCAGUCCCGGAUGCCACAUGGUCAGUCGAUGGUCAUGAAUUGACCUCCGAGGCUUUCGAAAAGUACAAAAUCAUCCUCGAAACCGAAGACCACGAAAUCCAAGACGGUUUGAAAGAAUGCACUUACACUUUAACAAUUCCCAGAUGUGAGAGAUGCAAUGCCGGUAAAUACACCUUCUUUGCCAAAAACAAAUGGGGAGAGUGCAACAGCAGUGGCCAACUCACUGUGGUUCUCCGUCCUGAGAUCGAAGGACCUCAGAAUGUUUCGGUGAUUCCGGGAGAAGCCACUGAGUUGGUGUGCAAGAUUCAAGCCAAUCCGCAAGCUGAAGUUCAUUGGACGAAAGACGAGCAAGUUGUUAAAGAAACUGAGAAUCUUAAGAUUGUCUCAGAUGUUGCCAAUGAGACUUAUAGAUUGGUGUUCAAAAAGGCGCUCUUGUCGGAUGAAGGUUACUAUAAGGUCGUAGCCAAGAAUAGUCUUGGCGAGAGUUCAUCAGAAGCGCGUCUCAAAGCAGUCAAAGAAGCUGAACCCUCCACGGAGAAACCAACGAUUAUCACUGGUUUGUCCGACGACCAAGUCGAACAUACCAAAGAGAUUUCGGUGAUGGUGCGAGCCGAUGGUUUGCCCAAACCGCAAAUCCGUUGGUUACUCAAUGGUAAACCCAUCGUCGAAGACGAGAAACACAAAAUUGAGAGUCAUGCUGACGCCCAAGUCACCAGCACUCUCACCGUGAGCAAUUUCAAUGACAGUGAUUCAGGAAUUUACAAAGCCAUUGCGGCUAAUGUUCAAGGGGAGGCUGAUACAAGUGCUAGAAUCACUAUGGUGCAAACACCACCAACUUUCGGGAAAAAAUUGGAACGUUCCGAGGAUGUCAUCGAAGGGGAGCCUUUGGAACUCAAAGCUAAAAUUAACGGAAGUCCUAAACCGACUGUCAUUUGGUACAAAAACGGGGAACCAAUUGACGACGAAAGGGUCAAAACCACUGUCCUCCCUGAUGGUACCGUCAAGCUCAACAUAGAUCAUGCACAACCUAGUGAUAGUGGGGCUUACAAGCUUGUAAUCCAGAACCCGAACGGCGAGUCAGCAAGUUUGUGCGCUGUGGCAGUCCAACAAAAGCCUCAAAGACCCAAAUUUUUGAAAUGUUUCAAAGACGUCAAACUCCCCAUCGGCGAAACUCUUCGUCUUGAAGCACAAGUCCAAGCCCAUCCUCCGCCAGAAAUCAAAUGGAUCAAAGACGGGGUUCCGGUCCGAGUGUCCUCAAAUAUUCACUUUGAAGUCCACCCUGACGGAAAAGUCGCCCUUAUUGUGGACUGCGCAAAGCCGGAAAAUGCCGGAAAAUACGAACUCCAAGUCUCCAACAAAUAUGGUGAUGCUAUGGGGGAAGCUUCAGUUGAAAUCGAGAAGAAGCCAACGAAGCCAGAAUUUUUGGUACGAUUGGUACCCCAAACCGUGGUCGAAGGAUUCCCGGUCAAAUUCGAAGUCAAGGUUGUGGGGUUCCCUGCCCCAAAGUUAACUUGGUCGAGAAACGGUGCUGAGGUCAUUUCUGAUAAUAAACACAUUAAAAUAACCGAAUUGCCUGAUGGUACCAGUGUUUUGCUCCUUGAUGCGGCUAAUCAAGCCCGUGAUGGGCUCACUUACAGGGCUAUAGCUAUAAAUGAGGCCGGAGAGGCUGAAACUAGUGCCCCCUUGACGGUCAUAUCGGCCACUAAUAGCGAGAAUCCGGAGGAAAAACCCAUGUUCUUGCAUCCGUUGAAGGACGUGACGGCUGAUGAAGGCAAAUCGUUGGUUCUUUCGGCCCCCUUUACCGCAAAUCCGGUACCAAUGGUUGAGUGGAGUAAAGAUGGAGUUCCUUUGAAACCAUCAGAUCGCGUUUUGGUCACCUGUGAUGGUAAAAAAGUCGGGCUUGAGAUUUUAAAUGCGGUACCUGGGGAUGCAGGCCGGUACUCGGUUAAAAUUUCGAAUCCUUUGGGUGAGGAAUCUUCAGAAGCAAAUGCAGCUGUUCAUAAAGUCUUCAUGCCUCCACAUUUCACUCAAACGUUCACUGAUUUGCAACAACUGCCAGGAAGAGAUGCCAAAUUCCCGUGUCGGGUUAGUGGAGUCCCACAACCGGAAGUUGUUUGGACUAAAGAUGGACUUCCGAUCAAGGAAUCGGACAAGUACCAUAUUAAACGUGACGGCGAUUUAUGCUGUUUGUACGUCUUGAAUUGUUCUCCCGACGAUGCUGCCGUCUACCGAGCCCGUGCUAUCAAUAAAGAAGGUGAAGAAGUUUGUACUGCGUCGCUCGAAGUCGUCGACCAGAUAAAAACCAAAAAGAAGAUUGAACCCCCAACCUUCCUGAAACGUAUCGGUGACACUGAACUCUUCAAAGGCAUGACGGCCAAAUUCACUGCAUGUGCUAGUGGAUACCCCGAACCGGAAGUCGAGUGGUACCACAAUGACCAAAAACUCUUCCCUUCGAAUCGCAUCAAAAUGGAAACGGAUCCCAAUGGACUUCUCCGAUUGAUCAUCUCCGAUUUGGACGAAGCCGAUCUUGGAAAGUACUCAUGCAAGAUAACGAACGAGUAUGGUGGUGACAUCUGCCACGCUAAUCUCAACAUGGACGAAGGACUUGAAACACGAGCCAAACGACCAAUCACAGAUCAAUACACCGAAUUUGACAAGUACAAGCGAAGUGGUGCUCCGGUACCACUCUCCGAUCCUCCAAUCAUCUCGCAGAUGACAGAUCGUCACUGCACCCUCUCCUGGAAACCGUCAAUUCCUCCAGGACCAAGAACACCAGUGACCUACCAGUUGGAAAUGUGCGAAUUGCCCAAUGGUGAUUGGUUCACAGUGCGUACGGGGAUUAGGAGUUGUACUUGUGGAGUACGCAACUUGGAACCAUUCAGGGAUUACAAAUUUAGAGUCAGAGUAGAAAAUAAGUACGGAAUAAGCGACCCAUCACCUUAUGCCCUCACCCAUCGGGCUAAACUCGAGCCAGAUUUACCCAAAUUUCGACCAUGGUUACCCCCAGAAAUUGAUUUCCGCCCGGAAACAUCCCCCUAUUUCCCCAAAGACUUUGAUAUCGAAAGGCCGCCUCAUGAUCACAUGGCCCAAGCCCCGCGAUUCCUGCGACAAGAACAUGACACCCAAUACGGGGUCAAGGAUCAAAAUACGAAUCUGUUUUGGUUUGUUUAUGGGUACCCCAAACCAAAAGUGUCUUUCUACUUCAAUGAUGAGCUUAUUGAAAGUGGGGGGCGAUUUGAUAUGAGCUACACCAGAAAUGGACAAGCAACGCUGUUUAUUAAUAAGAUGUUGGAACGUGACGUGGGUUGGUACGAGGCAGUGGCCACUAAUGAGCAUGGCGAGGCAAGACAAAGAGUCCGUCUAGAGAUUGCAGAAAUGCCUCAAUUUAUCCGAAGACCGGAAAUACAAUACGCAAUGCAUAGAGGAAAAGUGAGGUUUGACGCCAGAAUCGUGGGAGUACCGUAUCCGGAAAUCAAGUGGUACAAGGAUUGGAAGCCUUUGGCAGCCUCCAGCAGAAUCAAGAUCCAAUUCAUCGAACCGGACACCACCGUCCUCGUCAUCAACGACAUCAUCAGCAAAGACGAAGGCCUCUACUCCGUGAGCGCCCGCAACGUCGCCGGCUCCAUCUCCAGUAGCGCAAUGCUCCACGUGGAGGAGCACGACCUCGACUACAACAUCCACACCUACCGCAACCUCGCCCAAAUCAAGCCCAAGAAGAAGCCAUUGACAGAUUUGUACGACCUCGGCGACGAGUUAGGUCGCGGCACCCAAGGAGUGACCUACCAUGCCGUGGCACGUCUCAACGGUCGCAACUACGCCGCCAAAGUCAUGCACGGCCGCGGGGAACUCAAACCCUUCAUGUACAACGAACUCGAGAUUCUCAACGAAUUGAGACACAGGAAACUCAUCUGUCUCCACGACAGUUACGAGAGCGACGAUACGUUGGCUCUUAUCUUGGAGUUGGCCGCCGGAGGAGAACUCGUCAAGGACUACCUCCUCAAACAGGAGUACUACACGGAACGGGAAAUCGCCGGGUUUAUCCGACAGCUGCUUCAGGGCCUGGAAUACAUGCACGAGAGGGGAUACGGACACAUGGGGCUCAAUAUCGGGGAUUUGCUCAUCUCCCAUCCCGGAACCGAUGAUUUGAAAAUAACCGAUUUUGGGUUAGCGAGGAGGAUCCAUAGGGAUAACUUGGCCCCACUCAAGUACGGUGUUCCGGAGUUUGCCAGUCCGGAAGCCGUCAAUGGGGAAGGAACAGGUUUUGGGCAAGAUAUGUGGAGUGUUGGAAUUAUCACCUACAUCCUCCUAUCGGGACGUUCACCAUUUAGAGGAAACGACGAUCGAGAAACUCUAAAGAAUGUCCAAGCCGGGAAAUGGAUCUUUGACGAGGACUGGUGGAUGAAUAUUAGCGUCGAAGCUAAAGAUUUUAUUUCGAAACUCCUAGUGUACCAAUCGGAGGGUCGAAUGGACGUCCAUGCAGCCCUAAGACACCCGUGGCUAGAAAGAGCAGAUAAAAUCUACUCAGAUGAGUACAGGAUCAGUAGCAAGUACCUCGAGAGUUACUACCGACUAUUCAGGGAAUGGUACGACAACGCAUCAUGCAAGAAAUGGUUCCGUCGUCGCACCCUUGAAAGCGCCUUCACUCACCCAUCACGAAUGGUGUACCCCCCUGGAGAAUACGACUCGCCAAGAGCAACCCCAUCACCCAUCAAACCCCCACGAUUGCCAACUUGGGAAGACCAACUCCCGACUCGCUCACCUCUCAAUUACGAAAUCGGUGCAAUCAAAUCGGAAAGUCAUUACCAAAACGGCCCCGACACUUACCUCCUCCAAUUACGCGACGUGGAUUUCCCGGUACGUCUCCGGGAGUACAUGAAAGUGGCCGGAAGUCGAGGUCCAGGUGUCGGAUAUAUUGUUUCAAACGAGAACGGAUUCGACUGGCACACCCCAACGAUAAGAGAAAGACGCCGAUUUACCGAUAUCAUGGAUGAGGAAAUUGACGAUGAAAGAAGAGCUAGAAUCAGUAGAUAUGGGGCUAGUGACAGUUCUAAUGCCAGUAUAAGAAGGUUAAAACACGAACUCGGCUCCCGCCUCGACACAUAUGUCGAAGCUGAAGCCUAUCUUGAAAGUAAGCAAGAUGGCCGCUUGCCAUUCUUCCGGGAAAAGCCCCAAAUGACUGCAAUGGUGGAAGGAAAAGACUUGGAAUUGACCUGUUUUGCAGUCGGGGAACCAGAACCCAUCAUACAAUGGUUCAAAAACGACUCAAUCGUGGCCGAAUCCCACCGAAUUAAAAUCGACAUUGACGAAUUCGGGCGCUCUCAUUUGAAAUUCUCCCCGGCUCUUUCCUUCGAUCAGGGAAUGUACAAAGUCGUAGCCCGGAAUAAAAUCGGUCAGACUGUAGCACGAGCCCGGAUUGUUUUCGGCUCAACACCGGAAGAACCGGACUCACCGGAAACCCCCCAAACCUCCGACACCGAAAUUUUCCUCACGUGGAAACAGCCCCGAUUUGACGGUAACUCUCCCGUUCUCUGCUACAGUCUCGAGUACAAACUCGCCGAUGACAUUGAAUGGACCAAAAAAGCUGAUAAUAUCGACCAUGAGUUUUAUCUCAUGAGGGGGCUCACUCCCAGUAGCAGCUACAUGUUUAGAUUGGCGGCUCGGAACGCGAUUGGGUGGAGCGAUUUUGGGGUUCCUUCAGGAAUGGUCAAGACUAAGCCAGUAGGGGCCCCCAGAGUACAGUUGAGUCCAGCAGUAGUCCAUUUGCAGCAAAUUACAGACAGUGGGGAACCGGUGGAAGUCCAAGCUAGGACUUACCCGGAUUAUGAAGCCGAGACGCAUCCCGUAGAAUGGGAGAAUGAAAACGCACAAGAGAAUUAUAAUUUCAUUUCAGAGAUUGCAAAAGGACAAUUUUCGACGGUUUUAAAAGCGAUUGAUAAGCGCACUGAUGCCGUAGUCGUGGCAAAAGUCUUGGAUUUGACUAACGCUAAUGAUGUCGAAGGCGAAUUUGCGGCCUUAAGGUCAUUAAGACACGAAAGAAUCGCCGGUUUGGUCGCAGCCUACAAGACUAGUUCAAGUCCAGUUGCUGUUUUUAUUUUAGAGAAGUUGCAAGGUGCUGAUGUUUUGACGUAUUUGGCCGCGAAACACGAGUAUUCUGAACAAACAGUCGCAACAAUAGUGUCACAAAUUCUUGAUGGUUUGCAAUACCUCCACUGGCGAGGCUUGUGUCACUUGGACUUGCAGCCGGAUAACAUCGUCAUGGCGGGGGUUCGCUCAGUUCAGGUGAAAUUAGUCGAUUUGGGGGCUGCUCAUCGGGUUACUAAACUAGGAACCAAAGUACCAAUCGUGGGACAUUUGGACUACAUGUCACCGGAGGUGCUCAACGAGGAACCAGCUUUCCCGCAAACUGACAUUUGGACAGUCGGGGUCCUCACUUAUAUUAUGUUGUCGGGGGUCACGCCCUUCAAGGGGGUGGACGAAAAUGAAACGAAACAGAACAUCACGUUUGUUAGGUACCGCUUUGAGCAUCUUUAUAACGAAAUAACGCAAGAAAGUACUAGAUUUUUGAUGCUACUAUUCAAGAGACAACCAAACAAACGGCUUUCGGCUGAAGAAUGCCAUGAAAAUAGAUGGUUAUUGCCGACGGAUUACAUGAUUAAGAAACGGGAACGUGCUGUAUUUUUAGGCAACAGAUUAAAGGAGUAUUCAAGCGAAUAUCAUAAUGAAAAGACCCAAAAGGCUCAAGAUAUCACAUCGAAAUUAGGAGGUAAAUUCAGUAGGUCACACAGCAUACAGGAAGAAUUGUUGACUGCGCCUUAAGCACUUUUAGAAUGUAUAUAUUGUUUAUAAUUUGAACUGCUGAUUUAUUUUUGUGUUAUUUUCAUUUCUGACUAAUCUGUAUAAACAAGAAAUAAAAUAGAAACGUUAAUGUUA